GCCGAGUGCAUCAUCAUCUUCACCGCGGCUCCGCCGUGUCAAGACUUCUCACGAGUCGGCGAUCGUGACGGGCACGCCGGGAACAGAGGCUACCUUUUCAACUUCACGGCGGAGUUCCUCGACGAGUUGCGUCGCCGGCUGGCGCCGCGCAGAUUUGGGUUCCUGGUGGAGAAUGUCGAGAUGACGCCGGCCGACGCGGCAGAGGCUUCUAAGCAGCUCGGUUGCCAGCCGGUUUUCGCCGACGCCGCGGACUUUGGGUGGAUCGGCCGGCCGCGGCUCUGGUGGUCGUCGGUAGAUUGGGACGAGAUCACCCACGACCCAUCCACGGCGGAACGCUGGACGUGGGUGCUGCAUCGUCGAUGGGACCGCCUUCGACUAGACUCGCCGAGGGCAGCGCCGGACAGCUUCGACCUCGACGGCCUCAAGUUCUCCGACGCCGUGGCCUCUGGUCGCAUUCGACUGCCGUGCUCUACUACGCCGGCGGCCGAUGAGAGAGGGAGACCACCGCCGAGAUCCAUGCGAGGCAAGGUCACGACGGAGGUUCAGCAGAGGUGGCUCCAGGACAGCCGCCAGUUCGCGCCGUGGCACUACCAGCGCGACGCCAUGCUCGCCGAUGACCAGGGGAAGCUGGUGGUGCUAACGCCGAGCGCCAAGGAGCAGCUCCACCACAUGCCGCAGAACUUCACGGCGGUGACGGCGCAAGGCGAGCUCGAGCCCAGAACCCGCCAUCGCCUGUUGGGAAAUGGCUGGCACUGGGGCGUCGCACGACGCUUUCUGCUGGCGGUUUUGGUCCAUGCGGCCGCGUCGCUCCCAACGACGGCGGCGAUACCGACGGCACCGCCGACCUCGACUAUCCAGUGGGUCGCCGCGCUUUGGGGGCCAGCCGGUCCGCCCAUGGGCCCGGCGCCGGCCAAGCCCACUAUGGCGGCGCUUCAGGAGCUCGACGAAGAGGCGCAUUGGCAGGCGUCGUGGGCGUUGGAACACCCUCUCGCCAAGCCGCCGCCGCUGGAACCGGCAUGGGAACUUUUGCUGGAACUGCGACGCCGAUGGCGCCACGACUUAGUUCGAAUACGCCGGGAGGUCCUCGCCGAGGACAUGACCGACGGCUUCCAAAUGCUCGGCGAGAUUCGACCGGGCCCUGGUUGGAGACGCCGCGACGACGGCAAGUACCAGAACCCGAUUCCCGUCGCCGACCUGGUGGCGACCAACGCCGACUAU